AUGCUCAAGGCACUCUCCCCGCCGGUCAAAUCCAUGGACGAGUUCGUCCAGCAGGUCAUCCCCGCCGACAUCCUCUCGUCCCGUGAGCUCUUCCCGCGCCGUCGAGAUGCGUUCGACUCCGCCGCCAGCCGGGCGACGAAGGAAGGCCACCAAGAAUGGGAAGUGAUGGCUCUUGGACGAGCUGCUGCCGAGAGCAACGAGUCAAGCAGGAAGAACUUCAUCGGUGCCGGCUACCACGGCACGAUUACUCCUGAGGUCAUCAAGCGCAAUGUGCUUGAGAGCCCCGCCUGGUACACUAGCUACACCCCCUACCAGCCCGAGAUCAGCCAGGGCCGUCUCGAGUCGCUCCUGAACUUCCAAACAUUAGUCUCGGAUCUGACUGGCCUUCCCAUGUCCAACGCCAGUCUCCUGGACGAGGGCACUGCCGCCGCCGAAGCUAUGACGGUGUCGAUGAAUGCUCUCCCCACGUCCAGGGCUAAGCGCCCGGGCAAGACCUACGUUGUCGACAAGAACGUCCACCCCCAAACGCUGAACGUGUUGCGUAGCCGUGCUGAAGGAUUUGGCAUCAAUGUUCGGGUGAUGGACUUGUCUGUUUCCGAUUUCUCCGAAUUGGAGAGUGUAGGGGACGACUUGGUUGGUGCCCUGGUUCAGUACCCGAACACCUACGGUCAGGUGCGCGACUUCAAGGGGCUUGCCGACGCCGUCCACAAGCAGGGCGCGCUCCUCAGCGCCGCCACCGACUUGUUGGCUCUCACCGUGUUGGCGCCACCUGGAGAGUGGGGUGCAGACAUCGCUUUCGGCAACUCUCAGCGAUUCGGUGUUCCGUUAGGAUUCGGCGGUCCCCAUGCCGCCUUCUUCGCUAUCACAGACAAGCAUAAGAGGAAAAUGCCUGGCCGCCUUAUUGGCGUCUCAAAGGACCGACUCGGGGAACGGGCUCUCCGGCUUUCCCUACAAACUAGAGAGCAGCACAUCAGGAGAGAGAAGGCCACGAGCAACGUCUGCACGGCGCAAGCGCUGCUGGCUAAUAUCAGCGCCUUUUACGCUGUGUAUCACGGCCCUGGGGGCUUGAAGAAGAUUGCCGAAAGAUGCAGCCUGGGCGCAAGGGUUGUCCAGUCUGCCGCCCACCAUUUCGGCCUAGACUCUGGCUCGGAGCCGGUGGCUUUCGAUACUGUUGUUAUCUCUUGCCCCGGCAAGGCCGAAGAAAUCAAGAACCUUGCGAAGGACGAGGGCAUCAACAUCCGCCAAAAUGGUUCUGACAGUGUUAUCAUCAGCGUCGAUGAGACUGUCGAGGAGCGUGAUCUUCUCGCUUUGAUCAAGGUGUUUGCCAAAGCUGGCGGCAAGAACGGCGGCGCGUCACUUACAGAAUACGCUCCGCUCCUGGAGAAGUUCCUCGAAGGAUCUCAAUCGGCCACCGCUCUCUCUCACAUCCCCGAGCCUCUACGCAGACAGUCGGCCUACCUCACACAUCCCGUUUUCAACACGCAUCACUCCGAAACUGAGCUUCUUCGGUACAUCCACCAUCUGCAGUCCAAAGACUUGUCUCUUGUUCACUCGAUGAUCCCCCUCGGUUCGUGCACCAUGAAGCUCAACGCCAGUGCCGAGAUGGCGCUCAUCACUCUUCCCGGCUUCUCCAAUGUCCACCCGGCCGCCCCCGCCGAAGAGACAAAGGGUUAUCAGGAUAUCAUCAAUGCACUCGAAGAUCAGCUCAAGGAGAUCACCGCCAUGGACGGCGUAUCCCUGCAGCCCAACUCGGGCGCCCAGGGUGAAUUUGCUGGUCUCCGCGCCAUCCGCAAGUACCACGAGAGCCGGGGCGAACUCAAGCGCGACCUUUGCCUCAUCCCCGUCUCGGCCCACGGCACGAACCCGGCGUCGGCGGCCAUGGCAGGCAUGCGCGUGCUGCCGGUCAAGUGUGACACCAAGACAGGCAACCUGGACUUGACGGAUCUUGAGGCCAAGUGCGCGCAGCACUCGAGCCAAAUCGGCGCCAUGAUGAUCACGUACCCGAGCACCUUUGGCGUGUUCGAGCCGCAGAUCAAGAAGGUGUGCGAGAUUGUGCACGCCCACGGCGGGGCAGGUGUACAUGGACGGCGCGAAUCUGAACGCGCAGAUUGGGCUGUGCUCGCCGGCUCGGGCGUACAACGCUAUGAUGGCAAGCUCAAGCCUCAUUACCAGAUCCUGUACACCAACAACCACGGCCGGUGCGCGCACGAGUUCAUCCUUGACGUGCGUCCAUUCCAGGACAGCGCCGGGGUCGAGGCCAUCGACAUUGCCAAGCGGCUGCAGGAUUACGGCUUCCACGCGCCCACCAUGAGCUGGCCGGUGGCCAACACGCUCAUGAUUGAGCCGACUGAGUCUGAGUCGAAGGAGGAGUUGGACCGGUUCGUUGAGGCGCUGGUCAACAUCCGGCAGGAAAUUCGCGAGGUUGAGGAGGGCAAGGCGCCGAGGCAGGGCAAUGUGCUCAAGAUGGCGCCGCACCCCAUGACCGAUAUCAUCUCUGGGGAUGGUGAGGCGGGAGCCAAGUGGGAUAGGCCGUACACGCGGGAACGGGCGGCCUACCCCGUGGCUUGGUUGAAGGAGAAGAAGUUUUGGCCUAGCGUGGCGCGGGUUGAUGACACAUACGGUGACCUCAACCUGUUCUGCACCUGUCCGCCUGUUGAGGACACCACCGGCGAGAAUUCGUCCUAA